AUGUUAAUCUGCAGAGUAACUAAUUAUAUAGCAUUUCUUUUUGAAAUGUUUUUAUAUAGUAUAUCUCUGAGAAAUACUCUUACUUUGGCCCUGUCCGCCCCUAGCAGACAUAAAUAAGGCAUCUCUGGCAAUGUUACAUUUUUAAUGCAACAUCUCCCCUGCUGAGCAGCUCACAGUGGCCAUUCAAGUGUUGUAGGUCUCCAUAACCACAGCACCUGGAAACACCCUGUCGGGAUCAACUCUGCCGCUUCACAGAUAAAGACAACACCUGAUAACCCAACGUUCUAAUUGUUAUACAUGUAGGCUCAAAUUUUGGAUCCACAGUUGUCAGUUAUGCUUUUCAGCGAGCCAUCCAUGAAGUGAAGUGUCAUCUGGAAAUAGGAAGGUUUUCAUUAUACCGAAACAAGUAUAGCAAGAUACCGAAACAGUGGUCACCAAUGGCAACCAAAGAAGGCAAACAGUGGUGGGAUCCAUAUGAAACGUCUAAUAGAAGACAAUUCAUCUAUCGACCAAACUCAGCUGCUGAAAUUCUGCUGUGCCCAGCGUCAACUUCAUUUAUAGACUCUUAUUCACAGUCUGGACCUUUUGGUUCAACUGUAUACAACAAGGAUUUUUGCUGGCAGCCAGGCUGUAAACCUGAAUGCAUUCGCACAGGAACAGCCUCAGGGCAAAGGAGAAACAACCCGCAUCCCAGUCAGUCUUUCAUGAUGUGGAGGCUGCCUAGGGACGCUGCACGAAGCUCUGAGUAUGUCAGCUUCCCUUGGAAAUGUCCUCCAUCUGAGAGGGAGAUUCAUAAGGCCUUGACAGCACAGUACCGCUCCAUCUACAGAUGUGACUUCAUGGGUAUGCCUCAAGUUCCAACUGUUGUGCAAAGGCACGCUCAGCAGAAAAGAUCAGAUUUGACAAACUAUGACAGGUUUUGUGGGAAAAGAGUCAAUGAUGUCACAUGUGUGAUAAAGUCUCUGCUGCCUCAGGAGCUGCAGCAGUUACACAGAAUUUUACCUGAGGAGGAAAGGGAGGCCAUUAAAACAGUUUUGAGUAAAGAUUGUCCAAACAACAGGGAGAAGGUGAAUAAACUCCCAGCAGUUGUGCUUCAUCCCCGCUCUCCAGAGUGGAUAUCGAGCUGGCCAGGACCUCUCUGAACCUUACUGCUACAGUAGUUAGUUUAUCUGUCUUUGAAUUUUGUGUUUUUUAGGUAGUUUCUUGUCAUGGUAUGGAUAAAAAAUGUAACAAUUGAUAUAACACACUGCAAAUUAAAA